AUGAACCACUGUUCCCCCACGUCCAACGACGGCCUCAUAUUGUCCAUUGCUUCUGUAAGUCAUCACAGUACCGAUGUCAUAGGCGUUACAACACCGUUUAGACCGACUCCUAGUUUGUACCACUCGUCGAGACAAACGGCGAGUCCUCUUGCGUCGCACCAAGAUGAGUUUAGAUCAAAAAGGGGAGGCGUCCACUGCUCUUCUCUCUCUAACUGGUCUGAAAGCUAG